GAGAGCGAGUGCAGGAGCUGUAUUCUCUUAUCAUACGCAUCAGGAUAAGAGGGUACAAAGUUAUGGAGGUUAUCAGAGGUAGAUUAUUAUUUGUUUUAUAGACUUUUUUUACUCACUGAGAUUUAGGACAUCGGCAGUUUGGAAUAAUCUUUUUCCCUCCACCUUACUUUGCAUCAUCCAUCCAACAUGCCCGGCUUUGGGGUUUGGAUUUACGCAGUGUGGAUUUUACUUUUUAGCCUUUUCCACGUGAGCCUUUCAAACUAUUCCGAAGACCAAUGCAGCUGGAGAGGCAGCGGUUUGUCCCAGCAGCAGGGCAGCGUGGAGCAGAUCUCUCUCCACUGCUCUGAGGGCACAUUGGACUGGCUUUAUCCCAAAGGAGCCCUGCGCCUCACCCUGUCCCCGCGCCUGCCCUCCAUGGUGGUGGGCCCCAGCGGCAGCAGCUCUGGGCUCAUCACGGCCUGCGUCAAGCCCUCUGAGGAGUUCCACGGAGCCCAGCUCUACCUGGAGCGAGAUGGGGUCCUCGAGCUCCUGGUAGGAGACCGCCUGGAAUCCUCGCCCCCGCCGAGGGUGCGCUGCUUCAGCCGCCUGCCUGGGGAGAGGGUGGCCCUCUUCCUGCAGGCUACACCGCAUCAGGACAUCAGCAGGAGGAUCGCCUCAUUUCGCUAUGAGCUGAGAGGGGACUGGACAGCUCGCCUGUCCCUGGACUCCCACCCUAUUAGCACUGAAGACGCCUGCAGACCCUGCAACAACACUGAGAUUCUGAUGGCUGUUUGCACCAGUGAUUUUGUGGUGCGAGGCAACAUCAAGUCAGUGGAGGAGGACGAGAACUUAAGAGCGGCCGUGAUCAAGGUCAGCGCCACCCGCGUGUUUCGCCAGAAGUACGCGCUGUUCACCGGGAACAGCCGCCUGAGCAGCCGGGGCGAGAUCAGGACUCUGCUCCAGUGUGGCGUCAAACCCGGACCCGGGAGCUUCCUUUUCACCGGCCGAGUCCACUUCGGCGAGGCCUGGCUGGGCUGCGCUCCACGCUACAAGGACUUCCAGAGGGCUUACACCAUAGCCAAAGCAGCCCAGCAGAUACCCUGCGAGCUGCCCGUAGACUGAGACAAAAACUCAGCGGCAGCUCGUCUGCUACGCAAAAUUGGAAGCUGUGCUGAGCGCCAGGCCAAACUCAGCCCUGUUCCACGUUCGAGAAGAAGCCGAGACGGGCGACUGUCGGCUCGCGUAGUCUUCCCAAAGGCCUGAGGAGUGAAAUGGACUUUUCAGACACCAUUUCAGUGCAAUACGCGGUCACUUGUUGCGAAGAGCCCAGUGGUUUUUGUGACACUGAGGGGGGACACGGCUGAAACGAAGCUUAAGCAGUGAUGCCAUAAAGAUGGUCAAAGUAAAAUGAUGUAAUGAUGAAAAAGCUUUCCAUUAAUUCAGGCCUACUGAGAGUCAUCGCAUUGAAACUUAGGAAAAAAAAAAGAAAAGCUCUAUAAAAAGCUCAAGGCUAUCAGCUGACAUCCUGUGGAGCGUACGCGUCACACAGGUGUUGCUGUGGUCUAUUCAUAAUGUAUUUUAUCAGACAAUAACAGGACAAUGUGACACUUGUCUUCAGUGUUAGUUUUAUGAAGGAGAUUAUAUAAAGUCCACGCUAAGAGAAACAUUAAAAACAACUUGCACUGAAUGAAAGCGAAUGAUCUAGAAAGUGUGUUGCUGCAAGCACCGAAACCAAAUAAAUGUUUUUUUAAAAAAGCAACUAUAUGUAGCAUAGUGAAACAACUGAGAAUUUAAUAUAUGUUCAGAUAAAUGCGAACACGUACAACAGUAACAAAGCUAUGGCUACCUGAGCAGGUUUCACAGCUCGAUAUAGUGCUGAGAGCACCUUCCUAUUGUAGCCGGUCUGAGAUUCGUUUUUGCUUCCGUGAGGUGACGCAAACUUUAUAAGUCAUGUAAGAUAAGACGUGUUUAAUUUGCAUGCAAUAUUUCUGCAAAACUGAUUGGACUGCCUUUGAUUUUGAAGAGUAUUUAAACGUAAAGAGCAAAGCUGCUUGAGUCUUGCCAAAGCAGAUGUAAAUCUGACUUUUGUCCGAUCACCUUCUGCUUUCUGCUCUCACAUACUGAUGGAAAGUAAACGCUACUCGUUUACUUAUAAUCAGCAAACUUCAUACACUGAUGAUAAAAAUAAAAAACCUCUUAUUGGAAGGACACAUUACUCUGGUUGGAUGAGGCUAGCUCAAGAAAACAAUAAAAUAUGCAUUUAAUGUGUGAAAUGAGUUCUGUAAAGAAUGAUCUGAUGUGCACUAUAUCAGCAAGGAGGAGGGGUUCGUACCAAAUGACCAUAAUCUGCUGACACGGUAUGCCUUUAAUGCGUACACUGCCAUUUUUGUGUGUAAAUGUGAAUAUAAUGUGAAUGUAAAUAUGUUCAUAAGAAAGUCUAGAAACAAAAGCAUGAAAAAAAGUAUUGUCUCAGUAUUGUGGAUUAUUUUUAUGUUUGUCUGUGUUAUUAAAAUAUUCUGUUAAAAAAACA